AUGUUGCAAGAGAAGUCGGACCAGAAGCAGUACGCCGAUGCCCAUGGCGCGACGUGGUUUACCAGCCAGUUAUUGGGCCCAUACCCGAUCGUCGGCGACCUCAAGAUGGUCUCUCGGAAAGCUGCAGUUUUGCUCCCGGAGACGGAUGCCCACAGCAAUAUUUUAGACCCUUAUAAAGUUGAUUAUAUCAUGGGCAAGCGUGGCGAAUGCCCCGUCUCUCCAAUACCUCGUCAAGCGGUGCGGUUCCCCAAAAGAUAUCUCCACCUGAGAACCGGCUGCUCAGCGACUGCCUUGCUCUUCUUCUUGCCUGGAGGCGACGUCAAGCACGGGCGGGUCAUCCGGUUUGUCCAGUCCCUCAAGCACAGCCAGCAGGGGCCCCUUUAG